AUGCCUGGGGCUGCGGGGCCAGCCUGGGGCUCCCCGGCUCCUUUCCUGCUGCUGCUGCGGUUUCUCCCCGCCCUGGAGGCAGCAGGCUGGAGAGGAGAAAACAACACUGUUGGCUCACAGCUGUACCAGGAAGAAAUAACGCUGCAGUGGAAAGCCACAGGAAGCGUGAAGCACCCAUUCAAAGCCGAAGUCAAGAUGACAGUCGAGGGGAGAGAGCUCAUCCUGGAUGUUGAGAAGAAUGAGCACCUCUUUGCCCCAGGCUACACUGAAACCCACUAUACCCAGACUGGAAGGCCCCACACCAUCACUUUCAACCACACAGACCAUUGCUUCUACCAUGGUGUUGUGCGAGGCCUGGAACAAUCCAGCAUCACACUCAGCACGUGCAAAGGGCUACGUGGUCUUAUAGUACUGAGCAGCAACCUCAGUUACAUCUUGGAGCCGGUCCCCGAUAGCCAGGAUCAACACUUGAUCUACAGAUCAGAACAUUUGAGGCUUCCCAAGGGGACCUGUGGAUAUCUGCACAAAGAGCCCACAACCACACACUUGCUCAACACAUUGACAGGCCGGGCCACAGCACACCAUCACAGGGUGAAGCGGGAGGAUUUGCAGUCUACGAAGUACGUGGAGCUGCUGCUGGUGGCUGAUUACGCAGAGUUUCAGAAGAAUAACUAUGACCUUCAAAUAACGAAGAAUAAACUAGUGGAGGUUGCUAAUUACGUAGAUAAGUUUUACAAGUCCCUGAACAUUCGGAUUGCCCUGGUGGGGCUGGAGGUCUGGACUGACCGAAAUAAGUGCGAUAUAUCCGAGAAUUCACAUUCCACCCUUUGGUCCUUCCUUGCUUGGAGGCGCAAGCUGCUAGCCCGCAAAAAGCACGACAAUGCCCAGUUAAUCACUGGGAUGUCGUUCCAGGGCACCACAAUCGGCUUAGCUCCGCUGAUGGCCAUGUGCUCCGAUUUCCAAUCUGGAGGGGUGAACAUGGAUCACUCCGACAACCCCAUCGGCGUCGCUGCCACCGUGGCCCAUGAGAUGGGCCACAACUUGGGCAUGAGCCACGACUCGGCUGGCUGCUGUGCCGCCCGGGCUGACGACGGAGGCUGCAUCAUGGCUGCCGCCACGGGGCACCCGUUCCCCAGGGUAUUCAACACGUGCAAUAGGAAGGAGCUGGACAGGUACCUGCAGUCCGGCGGAGGGAUAUGUCUCUCCAACAUGCCAGACCCCAAUACUUUAUACGGAGGGAAGAGGUGCGGAAACGGUUACCUGGAAGAUGGGGAGGAAUGUGACUGCGGAGAAGUGGAGGAGUGCAAUAAUCCCUGCUGCAACGCCAUCGAUUGCUCCCUGAAGCCUGGCGCCGAGUGUGCGCAUGGAACCUGCUGUCACCAGUGCAAGCUGAUGGCUCCAGGAACUCUCUGCAGGGAGACGUCGAGACCCUGUGACCUGCCAGAGCACUGCACUGGCAAGUCAGCAUUCUGCCCCGCCAACUUCUACCAAAUGGACGGCACGCCGUGUGCAGGAGGGAGGGCGUAUUGCUACGUUGGCAUGUGUCUCACGUACGAGCAGCAGUGCGUGGAGCUCUGGGGGCCCGGAGCAAGGCCCGCACCUGACCUGUGCUUUGAGAAGGUUAACGCUGCCGGCGACACCUAUGGGAACUGCGGGAAGGAUGUCUACGGCAGAUACAGGAAGUGUGAAACGAGAGAUGCGAAAUGCGGGAAGAUACAGUGCCAAAGCUCUGCUUCCAAGCCGCUGGAGUCCAGAGCUGUCUCGAUAGACACCACCAUCACGGUGGAGGGAAGGCCGAUCAAGUGUCGGGGGACCCAUGUGUAUGGUGCUGAAGAGAGUGAAGGGGAUAUGCUAGACCCUGGCCUGGUGAUGACGGGAACAAAGUGUGGGAACAAUCAUGUUUGCUUCGAGGGACACUGCAGGAACACAUCCAUCUUUGACUCUGAAGGCUGUCGGAAGAAGUGCCAUGGGCGGGGAGUGUGCAACAGCAACAAGAACUGCCACUGCAACAAUGGAUGGGCGCCCCCAUUUUGCAACAAACCUGGGAACGGAGGCAGCCUGGACAGUGGGCCCUUGCCCCAAGAAAGCCUGGUUCCAGUGAUAGCAGGAGUCCUGGUUUCCAUCUUGCUUUUGAUCGGAAUAGCAGUUGCGUUUUGCUGCUAUAAAUGGAGGGACAGACUCAGGCCUCUAAAAGAGACCAUCAUCCCUUCAAAGAGGAGCCAACAGUUUGGCAGUGCCUCUGCUCCAGAUCAGUAUGGUGUGAACGGCCAUGCAAAUCCAGCCUUCAAGCUGAAAACCCCACAGGAACACAGAAAGGCUACCUCCACCCCAGAAAUCCCAUCGAAACCUGCUGUGCUUCACCCCAAACCUGCCCCAGCUCUCAAAACUAAUAUACAGCAACCACCUGCUUUCCCAGCUGGCCACAGCAACGACACCAGGAAAUCCCCUGGUCCGGUAUAUCAGAUAGAUGGGAUUCCGAAGGACACUGCAAGACGAAUUCCUCCAACCAGGCCAGCACCCCCUGCUCCAAAACCCAUAGUCUCACAGGACCCUGCUAGACCCCGCCCCCCACAGAAAGCUUUGCCGACUAACCCCGUCCCUACUGGACCCAGGACUGUGCCAAAGAUGAACACCACAACGCUACCGCCACCUGCUGCUGGAAGGCGCCCAGGACGACACCCACCACCGGCGGAGAAUUCAACAGUGAAGCUAGCCGGAGGAGCGGACGCCUUGAAAAAAUGA